AUGCGGCUAAGCUACGUACUCCUGGUGGUUGCUACCACGCUCCUUGCAAGCAGUAGCGCUACAACUGCUGCUCAACCCACGCCAGUGAAGCUGGAGAGCGACGAUGUGCUACCUUCGAACUAUGCUGAAACAGGUGCCAACACCGGCAAAAGGUUUCUGCGGGGCUAUGAGACGGUGGCCGGAGAGAAGGACUCUAUCGACGAUGAAGAAGAGAGAUUCGCGGACGUGCUGAAGAUACUCGGGUUCAAAAGCGAUUUCGCGAGCCGAUACCUGAAGAACAUGAUGAAAAACAAAGACUUCGAGCUGAAGAUGUAUGGGCGGUGGCACCAGAAUAAGCGCAGCGUGGAAGAGGUCACGACUAGACUAAACAAGAAAAACCCGCGCUACCAAAAGCUGGUCAGGGGUUACAAGGAGUACGAAAAGAAGGGCAAGGGAAAGGUGAAGAUCGACUAA